UGAACUUUCAGAAUCAAGCAAAUGACAGGUGACAGUUUAUUUACUUACUACUUAACAGAUAAAGCGGGAAAUGUAGAAUGCAUUAUUUUGUGUGUUCUGCCAUUUUCUCUCUGACAUGUUUGAGGAGCUAUCCGUACUUAGCCUCACCCUGCAAAGGAAUGACCUGAUCCUCCCCCAAGCCACAUCAGAGUUGAGGAAGACAGUGACCAGACUGGAAGCACUAAAGCUUAGGGCAAAGGCAGGAGGCAUGCUGGAGAAGAUCCAGACCACGCUUGCUCAACAGCAUGGUGAUGAGAGGAGAUUCCAGAGAAUAACACUGAAGGGGAAUCUGAAAGGCUUCAUGGACCUCCACAAUCCCGAGAUGAAGCAGCACAUGGAGGCGGCCAUCAACAUCGGCGUGAAUGAUCUCAAAGCCAGGUUUGGUGGUUUGCUGAAGGAUGAGGGUGUCCAGACCCCAGUGGAAUCUUUCAGAGUGCUAAACCCUGACACCUGGCCAGAAGACCAGGUCAGCCUUCUCACCUUUGGCGAUGAUGGUGUGGCAGACCUGAUGAGGCAUUUCAAGGAGCCUCUAGAGAGAUCGGGGUGCAACAUGGCUGCAAUCCAGGAUGAGGGGCUGAAAAUCCUGGUCAGCCACAAUUUCAAGGACAAGUCCUACAGUGGCCUGUGGGAAACCAUGUUGACAAAGGAUCCCUACAGGCACGAUUACAAGGUAGGCUAACAGUCCUGAGUGAUUAUGGUUGGUUUUGUUAAGUUAAUGGUAAGAGUUUAUGAAAUGAAAUUGAAAGAUAACAUAUUUUCCCAAGAACAUACUGGAGUUGGUGCUGCCCAUUACAGCCGCCCAGUGAGAGCGAGGCUUCUCUGCGCAGAACCGGAUUAAGAAUUCGACAAGAAGCUGCCUUGGGGUCUCAACAACCGAAGACCUCAUGGGGAUCAGCCUGGAGGGGCCUUCUGUCGAGGAGUUCGAUCCCACUCCUGCCGUGGACCGCUGACUGACCUCUAAGCAUGCCAGACGGCCAACAUACAAAAGCAGCUGGACAACUGAUAUCCUUUGCGUCUAGUAGGCAUGGGUCAAUGUGUGAUUUUGGUGGUAUGUGCUGUUGCACAGAUGUG